AUGGGGAGCGCAGCAGCUGACGCGCUGUUACCACUGGACGCCUCGACGUUCGCUGCUGAGUCCCGCGCGGUGGUCGACUUCCUCGAAGUCUACUACCGCGACAUUGAGAGCUACCCUGUCCGGCCCGACGCUGAGCCAGGGCGCCUGCGUACGCUUCUACCCGACAUGCCACCCGAGGACAGUGAGCCGGUGGACGUGAUACUGGAGGACGUACGGCGGCACAUCGUCCCAGGAUUGACACACUGGCAAAACCCAAACUUCUUCGCCUAUUUCCCGAUGAACGCGAGCACGGCCGGGUUCGCGGGCGAGAUGCUCUCCACCGGUCUCAAUGUUGUACCGUUCAUGUGGGCUGCAUCACCGGCUGCGACAGAGCUCGAGGGCGUCGUGGUGGACUGGAUGGCCAGGCUUGUGGGCCUCCCGGAACGCUUCCGCUUCUCCGGCGGUGGCGGCGGCGUGCUGCACGGCAGCACCUGUGAAGCCGUGGUGUGCACGCUCACGGCUGCACGCGAUCGUGCACUGAGCAGCCUGGGCCAUGAAGCCAUCCUGAGGCUGGUGGUCUAUGCGUCCGACCAGAGCCACUGCACCUUCCAGAAGGGCGCGAGGAUCGUAGGAAUCCCGCCGUCCAACUUCCGUGUCAUCCCAACAUCGGCUGGGUCAGCAUACGGACUCACCGCCGACAGUGUCCACGAAGCAGUGAAGGCCGAUGUGGCCGACGGUCUCGUGCCGCUAUACCUGUGCGCAACCGUCGGCACGACAGGGCUUGGCGCGGUAGACCCGGUGCAUGAUCUAGGGGAGGUGGCGCGACAGUAUGGCAUGUGGCUACACAUCGACGCCGCCUACGCUGGUAGCGCGCUGAUCUGCCCCGAGUUCAAGGAUUACAUCGACGGCGCCGAGCUCGCGGACUCCGUGAGCAUGAAUCCGCACAAAUGGUUCCUCACCAACAUGGACUGUUGUUGCCUGUGGGUGGUGAGCCCACCCUUGCUGACCUCCGCGCUGUCUAGCAACCCAGAGUACCUCAACAACGUCGGCGGGGAAGGUGCAGCAGAGGUCGUCGACUACAAGGACUGGCAGAUUGCAUUGUCACGCCCUUUCCGCGCCAUGAAGCUGUGGGUGGUCUUGCGCCGUUACGGCGCGGCGGGCAUGCGGGCGUACAUACGGAGGCACGUCGACAUGGCCACGUGGUUUGAACGGAUGGUGGACGCCGAUGAGCGGUUCGAGGUGGUCGUGCCGAGGAGAUUCUCCCUCGUCACAUUCCGCCUCCGGCAAAGGCAAGAAGGCCAGGACGACAUGGAGAUGGAGGCCUUGAACCGCAAGCUACUCGUGGCCAUCAACGCUAGCGGGCGGGCCUUCAUGACACACUUUGUGGUGGACAACAAGUUUGUAAUCCGUAUGGCCGUGGGCGCGGCCAUGACGGAGAUGCGGCACGUCCAGGACGCGUGGGAGCUUGUCCAGGACAAGGCCAAAGAAGUUCUGGCCACUCCGUAG